CAGUACUUGAGUAAUGUUAGUAACUUAGUGCUGGAGGCACUAUAAAGGUGUAUCGCGAUGUUUUUAACUCGCCUUUUGAAUUUGUCCUCUCCGGACUUCCGUACGCUAGCUGCUGUUUUGUUGACAUUUUCAUUUCUCCUCCUCUGCAUCAGCCGAGCAGCUCGACACGAACCCACCGGGCAGCAUGAACAAACCACACACAGUCCGCACGUGUUCCGAGAAGCAGCAGCAGCAGCAGCAGCAGCUCGGGAUGGAGGUUAUAUUCUAGCCCGUCACAGGGAACCAGGAAGCUACUGCUGUGUGUGUGUGUGUGUGUGUGUGUGUGUGCGUGCUAGCUUGUGGAGCUACAGCGGGAAGCUAGCUAGCUCAACAGGCUACAUUAGCCGAUGUUAGCGUGAAACGAUGGAGGGGAUUCUGUACAAAUGGACGAACUACAUGACAGGCUGGCAGCCGCGCUGGUUCGUCUUGGAGAACGGAGUCAUCUCUUAUUACGACAGCGAGGACGACGUCGGUAAAGGAAGCAAAGGAUCCAUCAAGAUGUCUGUGUGUGACAUUAAAGUUCAUCCAUCAGAUCCCACGCGUCUGGAUUUAAUAAUCCCCGGCGAGCAGCAUUUCUACGUCCGAGCUGUGAAUGCUGCGGAGAGACAAAGGUGGCUGGUGGCUUUAGGUUCGUCCAAAGCCGGAACACUGGACAGUCACAAACACAGAGGUCCCGACUGUCUGAAGACGAAGAUGUCUGAACUCCGUCUGUACUGUGACCUCCUCGUCCAGCAGGUCCAAACGAUCCAAUCACAGCAAACGGCCGACACUGAGGACACAGACACUUCUGAGGCCUCGCUCCUCAGUGCGACCUGCGCGACUUUCAUCAGGACGUUGGAGGAGUGUAUGAACCUGGCUAACCAGAGUCUGACCCCUGACCUCCGACCGCCAGAAAAGAUGAAGAGGUCCAUCAGUCACCCUGGAACCUACAGCUUCGACAGGUCAGGUGUGCUGAAGGAGUACGUGAGUGGAGGUCAAAGGUCAACUCAGCGCCGGAACCGGACAUUCUCGGACAGCUCUGUUUAUGACGCCGAACGUGUGCUGACCAGUCUGAACGGCGACCCGUCCUCCAUCCCAGAGGAGAGAGGAGGCCGAGCGAGCCCGAAGAACGCGGCCACCGACACAGACACCGACUUGUCCGUCUGAAAACCUGCUGAGCUCCGGACUCUGUGAGACGAGAACAUAACGCGACAGAUGUCAGUUACAGACGGGGACGAAUUGACUUCAAGGAGAGUCCGUCUUUUUCCACAUGUGCACUUUAGAAAUCGUGAAUAUUUUUUCUUUAAGUUAUACAGCACUACACACUGGAGACACACGAAAAGACAGAGAGAGAGAGAGAGAGAGAAGGGGAAGUUGAACCUGCAGAGACGUGUGAGGGACAAAGUGUACGACACGUAAACUUUACUCUGGACUCACGCUAGAGUCGAUACAGACUGUGACCAGAAGCUCAGAUUCUGGAGAAAUCUGUGAAGAAACCAGUGGAAGAAAAAUUGCAGCUACAGUUACUGCAGUCAACCCUGGUUCAUCUUCCUGGCAGAGCGUUAGAAUAUCACUGACUGAAUUACUGUUUUCUGGACAGUUUAGAUGUCGGGGGUCGACUGUUCACUGUUUUUUUAAAUCGACCUGAGAAUGUACAGAGAGUUUUGCAGUGUGGAUAUCCUGCUGGGGACGUUGAUAUCCAGCGGGUGUGACACAAAAGCUUCUUCUUCUAAAGUAUUUUCUGCCUUUUCCACAUGUUCAAGAACUCACUUUUCUUUCCCUGGAGCAUUUUCUCUUCUGGACCUCCACAGUCGGCUGUUGGAACUCGUCGGAACGUCGAUAAGUGUAGAUAAUUCCCAAGUCUUGGCGCCGUGUUCCACACCGUCGAAAUUGUUGAAGACAGAGAUCACUCUGAUUGGCUGUUCAGAUGUAGCUGUUUAGAUUUAAGUAUGAAAGAAAGCAAACGAGGACACAAGACUAUUUUAAAGAGGUCGGCUCGCGGCCAGUUCCUCUUCAUCCAUCUGUCAAAGUUUCCCCUUUUUUGCGAAUGACGUCCACAAACCACCGCCCCCUGCUGGUUCCGGAGAGUAACUUCCUGUCAAGCAGGUGCAGAACGUACGAGCUAGUCGACCGUUUGGAUUUAGUCUUGGCGGUGUGUUUUUUCCCGGGUACAGUUAUGUUUGCCAAGACGCAUGCGACGAGAGCAGACGCGGCAGGCGGUCUACGUCGAUCCGAGUCGAUUGAACUUUACCGGCUGAAGGCAACGAUACAAAUGAAGAACUCCGUCUCUACUUCCUGCCGGCUUUGAGCUCGUGGUGGUGAGGUCUGGUACAGCAGAGGACGAACCAUCUGUCGCAGUUUAAAGACACGGAGCUGAAGAGCUUAGGUCUUCAGAUGCCAACGUUUGCACAAAUGCAAGGAUCUUCAUUAAAUGUGCCAUUGCCCCCCCCCCCCCCCCCGCAGACAAACUGCUCCGUAGUCCAACUGGUCACGCUUGGACCACACUCCGGUUCGAUCGGCGGCUCUUCCCCCUUGAGGAGUUUGCACUUUCUUUUGUUGCUGUUGUUGUUUUUUUUCUAAGUGACAGAUGUUUGUGAAUUGUGUUCAAGUUACUGCCUUUUUAACGCUUGUAUUCCUUCAGUAAUUACUUUGCCUUCUGGUGACGAGCUCCAUCCAAACGUGACGUUGAAGAGAAAUCGGUACGGUGGCCCUGGAAGCUCAACGCGCCGAUAUGUAAGAAAGCACAUGACAGAAAACGCUGGCAAAGAAGAAAUGUUGAGAAACGAAAUCGAGAGACACAAAUUUAUGGAAAUAUUUAGCAACGCAACUAAAUAUAGAAUAGCACUGAAGUCGCCCGCACGUCAGCAGUCGUGGACGAUCAGAGAAUGGUUUAUGAUUAUUUCAGUUUUUUAACGUUAUUAAUUUGAAUCUGAUUUUGUCCUCUGGAAACUUUUUGUUUUCAUUUCUUCAUUUUUUUCUAUUUGGUCUCAUUGUCGUUCAGUCGCGGGGCCUUCGAACCUGCAGCACGUUGCCGUUGUGUUGCCUGCGUAAUGUAAAUGUUUUUUUUCCUUGCUUUUUUUUUAAACAUUCAAACAAUCGUUUGUGUCGAGACCGUCCUAAUUUGUGGCAGCAGUUUUCAGGAGACGGUCAACUCCUCUCCGAACGUCAAAAACAAAUAUGUAUUUACCUUUUAAGACACUUUAAUACUAACGUGUGAAUUAAGCACGCUGUGGAUUUUUAUGUCCGAUUUAGAUCGACCACAGCUGUCGUCUCCAAAAACGACCUUUUUUACGCCUGUGCCAAUUCUCUCUACACUUUCAGAAGAUUAUUAGAGGAUGAUAAAUUAAACUGCACCAAUAACUUUACAGUAACCGCCCCCCACCCCAACACGUACAGCACAGUGUGUAGAUGUGGUCGUUUUGCACUUUAAAGGUUCAUUCUGGCCCUUUUUUCCCUCCGAGUGUUUGUGCUCUGAACGUGACAAAGGUACGAUGAUGGAUAACAAUCAUGACGAUUAGGAAAACUAAUGUUUUUGUUUAAACAAAGUGUUUUUGUUUCUAGUUGUUGCCUUAUAGUUUUAAAAGGAUGUGAAGAGUUGCAGCAGCCAUAUAUAUAUAUAUAUAUACACAGAAUAUAUAUAAAUAGAUAAGUAACAGUAUGUAAACGUACAAGACUUCCUUCUUGUAUUACUUUAACCAAAAUGUGUGUUCGGUAUUUUCGCUAUGAAUUCAGCGAAACGUUUGAUCCUCCUGAGUUUUCUUGACUUUCUUUUUUUUUUCUUGAAAUACUAUGAAGACGUCUCCAGACGCGUUAAAUGGAUUUUGUAGUUAAAGUGACGUACAGGAGCUUGUAAAAACAGUUUGACACUGAGAUAAAGACAUAAAACGAUGAGAUCAGCAUAUUCAAUGUAUAAUUUCUCCCCGAAUGAAUACAUUUAAAGAUUUUUUUUCAGAAGUUUUGCAGAAAAUGUACAAAUACUUUUGUUGGUGAACUUGUUCCAGUGCCAGUUUUUUGUGUGUGCCUCUAUGAUUUUGACUCAGCAGCUGUGAUGAAAUGUCUCUUUAAAGGAAUGGUUCAACAUUUUUGGGGGGUAAAUACAAUUAUUCGCUUUCCUGAUGAGAGAGAAAUGUCAGAUGCCACUGACAUAUUUUUCCAGCACAUAAUUCAUAAUCUGUAUGAGUUUUAUAAGAAUUUAAAAAAUCUAAACAUGAUAGUGCAGCUCUCGGUAAGACAGGCGAAUAAACCUCUUCCUCAAAAUGUCCAAACGUUCCUUUAAAGGCUUCGGCUCGACCACGUGUUCCGAGGAGGAAGGGAGGACAAGUAAUCAAACUGACGGAUUAUUACUGAAUAUUAUUAUUAUUAUUAUUAUUUUUUAUUUUUUUUAAUUGAUUGACAAACCUGUUCAGUUUAGCAAAAAACCAGCGGAGAAAUUUUCACGCCUCAAGUGUCUCUGAACCAAGUGACGUGUGUUUCAUUCUCUGAAUAAUAAAAUUAGAUUUUAAACUUG